AUGGGGCCAGCGCACGCGUGCCACAGCUCGAGGCACACCACGCUCGUCCUUGCCGGCGUUGGCGCUGACGCCGUGGACUGCGAGAAGCUCACGAGGGCCUACAGCGAGGCGGCGGCAGCGUUCGAGGUCGCCAUCCAGGCCGUCAAGCUCUGGAUCGCCGACCGUGUCGUCCUCCACGUCAAGAACUCCCUCGGCAGCAGCAUCCACCGCAACUGCGACCUCCUCCUCCGUCACUGCCUCCACAUCAUCGGCGAGAUCCAGCUCCCCGUCCACCACUGCCUCCUCGCGCUCCCGAGGAUCCACAAGGAGAUCCUCACCCGUGUCAUCUCCCACCCUCAGGCGCUCGCCCAGUGUGAGCUCCUCAACGCCAUGGGCCUCAACGUCGCCCGUGAGGCCAUCGACGACACCGCGGCCACCGCCGAGAGCGUCGCCAUCGUGGGGCUAUGGGACACUGCCGCCAUCGCCUCCUACCGAGCCGCCGACCUCUACGGCUUCCAGGUCCUCGUCGACGGCAUCCAGUCCGCCCCCGAAUCGGAUCUGGCUCAGCGGGCGACGGAAAGCGAAGCGCGUACGGACGACGGGCGGGUAGUCGACUCCUUGUGCGUGGGCUGUUGGAGGCCCACACGCGGCCUGGUUGGCCCAUAG